AAUUCAAAAAAGGUGAAAAAAAGAGAGAAAAGAUGGGAGAAGGAAAAUAACAAAACUCGCGACAUGCUCACUGAAUCGCGGCUUCCGCUCGAUCGAUUCAUGCUUUGAUUUCUCUCUCUUUCUCGGAACGGUCGAAAUCGGAGCCUCACUUUGAUCCAGUCUAAUAGAAGUCCUUCAUGGCCCCUUCAAAAAAAUCAAGAAGUGUUAAUAAGCGGUUUUCUUAUAUUAAUGAGGUUGCUUCAAAUAAAGAUGGAGAGAAUGCUAGCAAGAGUAAGCAACGGAAGAGAAAGUUGUCUGACAUGCUAGGGCCUCAAUGGAGCAAGGAGGAGCUUGUGCGUUUUUAUGAAGCAUUUCGUAAGUAUGGGAAAGAUUGGAGGAAGGUGGCUGUUACAGUACGUAACCGGUCUAUGGAAAUGGUUGAAGCCCUUUACACGAUGAAUAGGGCUUACUUAUCUCUUCCAGAGGGGACUGCUUCUGUGGUUGGACUUAUCGCAAUGAUGACUGAUCACUACAGCGUCCUGGGUGGAAGUGAUAGUGAACAAGAAAGCAAUGAGGAUACAGGAGCAUCUAGAAAACAACAGAAGAUUGGGCGAGGGAAAAAAUCUCGGAGUUAUCCUUCAAAAGGAUCAGAUAAGGCAUUGCCGGGAACCUUGCAGCCACAGUCCGCUGCGUCAAAUUAUGGCUGCCUGUCAUUGUUGAAGAAGAGGCGCUCUGGAAGUGGACCUCGAGCUGUUGGAAAAAGAACUCCCCGUGUGCCGGUUUCCAAUCCAUGUGCUCAAGACAUUGGAGAGAAGUAUUUUUCACCUAUCAGGCAAGGUAUGAAAGUUAAGGCGGAUGCAGUGGAUGAUGAUGUUGCGCACGAGAUAGCGUUAGCAUUGACGGAGGCUUCACAAAGAGGAGGUUCUCCUCAAGUUUCUCAAACACCAACAAGAAAAACAGAGAUGUCAUCCCCUGUUCAAGUUUGUGAAAGGAUGCAUGCUGAAUCAGAGAUGACAAGUGUCAAACAUCGGGGUAGUGAAAUGGAUGAGGGUGGUUGUGAAUUAAGUUUAGGUAGCACAGAAGCUGAUGAUGGAGUCUAUGCGAGAAAUAGAAGCUAUUUAGUUGGUACAGAAGGUGCUCACACAGUACGAGUUUCACAGAAGGGGAAGAAAUACCUUGGAAAGAAACCGGAAAUGGACGAAACUGUAAACGAUCAUUUGAAUGACAUAAAGGAAGCCUGCAGUGGGACAGAGGAAGGGCAAAAACAAGGCACCAGCAAACUAAAAUUUGAAACAGAGGUCUCCAAUGUAAAACCUGCCAGAUCUUCGUAUAAGAGUCCAAGGAAGAGAAGCAAAAAAGUUUUAUUUGGUGCAGAUGAAUGCUCUGCAUUUGAUGCUCUGCAGACUCUGGCGGAUUUGUCCUUGAUGCCAGAAACAACUUUUGAUGCUGAGUCAUCUGUGCGGCUCAAGGAAGAGAAAACUGGGAUUGUUGAGAAGUACAAGCAUAGAGAAAAUCAUUCAGCAGCUGCAGUGAAGACCACUGCCUUUGAAUCUCCAAAACUUAGAAAAGCCGUUGCUCAUGACACUGGCACCCCUCCAGAAGUAAAGGAAACUCAUCAGAUAAAUGCUGGAGUAGGAAAAAGGAGACGGAGGUCCUCACCACUUAAAACCCAAAAAAGUAAAGAUUAUACUGAUUCCCGUUUGAGUGAAUCGCAUGAGGUUGAGACCAUGGACAAAGUUAAGCAUAAUAUGAAUAAGAGUAAACACUCUCAUGCUGCUACUCAUUCAAGGCAAGGGAGAUUGGGGAAAUCUCUGGAGCUUAUUUCUCCGGGUGCUAAUCAUGGUAAGGAAUGGAAUGAUACACCUCCAUCAACCACAGAGUUCCCAUCUGCUAAUCAGAUCUAUUUGCCUACCAAAGUGAGGAGCCGGCGUAAGAUUGACCCACCAAAGCCACUGAUUGAGAAAGACACAAAGUCAUCCGAGAACAUUGUAAACAGCCAAUCAUUCAUAAACAUCCCUUCAUCCCAUGACAGAGCAGUCAAUCUUAAGAAGAUGCUUUCCAAUUGUCUUUCUCGCUAUAAAGUUCGGAGGUGGUGUGUCUUUGAGUGGUUCUAUAGUGCAAUUGAUUACCCGUGGUUUGCUAAAAGGGAGUUUGUGGAAUACCUGGAUCACGUUGGAUUAGGGCAUGUCCCAAGAUUAACCCGUGUUGAAUGGGGUGUCAUAAGGAGCUCCUUAGGCAAACCACGGAGGUUUUCUAAGCAGUUUUUGAAAGAAGAAAAAGAUAAGCUUAAUCAGUACCGAGAGUCUGUCAGAAAACAUUAUGCUGAACUUCGAGAAGGCAUUAGAGAUGGUCUUCCGACUGAUUUAGCUCGACCUCUAUCAGUUGGACAACGUGUCAUUGCCAUCCAUCCGAGCACAGGAGAGGUUCAUGAUGGAAGUGUAUUAACUAUUGAUCAUAGCAGGUGCCGUGUUCAGUUUGACCAACCUGAACUGGGUGUUGAAUAUGUCAUGGAUAUUAAUUGCAUGCCUUCAAAUCCUUUGGAAAAUAUGCCUGCUGGUUUGAUAAAGCUCAAUUGUACUGAGACCCUGAAUGAACUCAAAUUGACCGGGCAACCGAUCGAAAGGAAGAUGGAUGGGUACUUAAAAAUUACCUCAUAUGAAAAUCUAGAGAACUUCAAUGCUUCUUCUCAGCUCUCUCCUUCAACUUUUGACAACAGCGGAUUUAUACAUCAGGCAAGGGGUGGUUUGUUAACUUCUAAUUCACAUGACAAAGCUGGCCUUGGCGAGAUUGUUAGUAUGCAACAAGGGGCAAACUCUCAGCCUUCUACCCUCGCACAGAACCACCAAGCAAAGGAAGCUGAUAUCCAAGCUAUUUCUGAGUUAUCACGGGCACUUGAGAAAAAGGAGGCCGUGGUGUCUGAGCUUAAGCUCAUGAAUGACGAGGUUUUGGAAAAUGAAAAAGUUAAAGGCAUCUCUCUCAAGGAUUCUGAACCAUUUAAGAAGCAAUAUGCUGCAAUACUGUUACAGUUGAAUGAAGCCAAUGAAGAGGUUUCUUCUGCAUUGUUUCGAUUAAGGGAACGCAACACGUAUCAAGGAAAUCCCCCACUUAUCUGUUCAAAGCCUGUGGCCGUUGAAGGAGAGCUUGGUGGCAAUUUGACCUCUACUGAUCGUUCCUCGUGUCCCACUCAAGACUAUGGAUCUCACGUUGCUGAAAUUGUCGAAAGUUCGAGAACAAAAGCCCAGGCAAUGGUUGAUGCCGCACUUCAGACAGUGUCUUCAUUGAGAAAAGAAGGGAUUAGCAUUGAGAGGAUGGAGGAGGCUAUUGAUUUUGUAAAUAAUCGGCUUACAGUGGAUGAUCUUAGCAUGCAAGCUAUGAGAUCGUCUGCCCCUGCAGUUCCACUCAGCGUUAAUCGUGCUUCUCAGGAUCAGCUGACUGCUACCACAUCAAAUCCUGUGGCAUCCGUUCAUGCACUUGAUACUAAGUUGAACAUGUCUGAUCAAAAUGAAGCACAAAUCCCCUCGGAACUUAUUGCAAACUGUGUAGCUACUUUGCUCAUGAUUCAGAAAUGUACGGAGAGACAGUUUCCACCAGCUGACGUUGCCCUAGUACUGGAUUCUGCCGUUACAAUUCUGCGACCAUCUUGUUCGCAAAAUCUUCCAAUUUACACAGAGAUACAAAAGUGCAUGGGGAUUAUCAGGAAUCAAAUAUUGGCUCUCAUACCUACAUAGGCUCAACAGUCAUUUCUUACAUUAUGUUGUAAAAGAAUGCACCAAUGAAAUUCUGUUCACCUCAGAUUUUUGAAUAUGAUAAUUGUUGAUCUCAUAAUCUAUUCUCCUUGUGUAUUA